AUGCGCUUUUCGUGGAUCAUCACUUUACCCGGACUGUUGUCCGUUGUGUCGGCGCUGGCAAUUCAAAAACGAGAUGCCGACUUUUACAGUGUGCGCACAAAGUUACACAAGGACAUGAGCGGAAGGAGAGGUGAUCCAAGCGGGAAAUAUUUUCAUGAGAGCGUCUUCCAUCCACAUUACGAUGGCCGAUUCGCAGACAAGCAAUUGGGAUACAGAGAACGCAGACAAGCACUUUCGAACCUCAUUCAAACCUACCUAGCUACUUUUUCAGAUAUUGGAGUGGAAACAUGGCUCAUGCAUGGUACUUUACUCGGCUGGUGGUGGAAUCGUAAGAUUUUACCUUGGGAUUCCGACUCCGAUGUCCAAGUUUCCGAAGCUUCGAUGCACUUUCUAGCCUCUUACUACAACAUGACAGUCUUCCACUACAAAACUCCCCGCAUUCCAGAAGGCCGAGAUUAUAUGCUAGAGAUCAAUCCUCACUAUAUCAAUAGGGAGCAAUCGGACAAAUUGAACGUCAUUGAUGCACGAUGGGUCGAUACUACGAGUGGCUUAUUCAUUGACAUCACAACUGCCAGAUAUAAUUAUACACAUCCUGCCGGAGAGGGAAUGAUGAGCUGCAAGGAUGGUCAUGAAUAUAGGGAUACUUACAUCUUUCCGUUGCGAGACACAUUCUUCGAGGGAGCUCCAGCCAAAAUCCCGUUCGCCUACAAAGAAAUUUUGGAGGCAGAAUAUCAUGAGAAAUCAUUGACUUUGACUGAAUUUGAAGGCCACCACUUCGACGAUGAUAAAAUGGAAUGGAUUCCCGUGAAGCAAGAUAUUCAAGUACCAAUGGAACCACAAAAGGCAGCUCAGCCACCGCCAAAGACGGAUGCACAAAAGGCGGAGGAGGCGAAGCAAGCCGCUGAAAAUGCGAAGAAACUGGAAGAGGCCAAGAAGUUAGCAGAAGCACAAAAAGCUACAGAGGAAGCUAAGGAAAAAGCGAAGCAGAAAGCCGCACAGGAAGCUCAACAAGAUGAUACACCACCCGUAAGCAAACAACCAAUCAAAGAAGAACAGCCAAAAUCACAAUCCCAUGAUGCAUCCGAACCUCCGCCAGCUCAGCGAGCCGUAGAGAAGAAGAUAUUUACCGCAGCUGAGAAAAAGGCCAAUAAAGUACAAAAAGCUGAAGACAAACGUAAACAGGACGAACAAAAAGCCGCCGAUGCGAGACAGAAAAACGAGGAGAAUAUGAAGGGAGAAGUUAAGAAGACCGAAGGUUCCGCGCCGGUCUCCUAA